AGAUGGAUGACAGAAAAAUGAAAUUCAAAUCAAACAAAAGUCGUUCUCACUUCUCAUUUUUGUUUCGCGCUCGUAAAUUUCCUAGAAAAUAGUAGCCGUUGAAAAAAUGAUGAAAAGAACAUUUUUGUAGAUAGUUACCCUCUAUACAUGUGGAUAUUAUCCUGAGUUUGAAACUUGAAGACGCAUAUGUACUUUUGACAAAACUCUACACAUACCUAACCUCGGCUGCGAAUAUUACCGGUACGAUAUGGAGACCAAAAGUGAAAUUUUUUCACAAAGAUUAAUUAUAGCAGUGUUGUGGAAUAUUGGACUACAGACUUUUAUCGCUGUACUAUUGGUAUUUCUAAUACAAAUUGACAUACUACAUCCCCUAUCAUGGAUUGCUUCUACACUCACCGACAUUUUUGGGUGGAAAAUGGGUCUGAAUAUAAUUCUUCUUGGUUUAGUGUCUUUUUUCCAUGCUUAUAUUUAUGGUAAUUACUAUACGAUUCCAGUGCCGAAAUACUUUACGAGGUUUUCAUUGUUUCUGAAUUUAUUUUCUGUACAAAAUGUAACAUUUAGUAUUCUCUAUGCAUUGAGUGGAUAUUUUACAAUGAGUUUGUAUUCAUCUUUGGCUAAAAGCAACUUUAAUACACUAAAGAAAAAAUGUGAACAUUUUGAUGGGCAGUGUCUCAUGGAACAAAGUUUGUAUCUGCAAUUUGGCGGAAUGUGGAUGGGUUUGUACUACUUCUUAAAUACUCAUAUUUUAAGCCCUACACUUCUCUUGUUUCCUCACAUUUAUCAGGACAAGUUUCAACAAAUCAAACUGGCUGUGAGUAAUAUACUUUCUACAGGAUUUAGGAAUUCUAUCCUCCCUGUUGUUUAUUAUUGUAUUUUUUACUAUAUAUGGGGGAGUAAACCAAGAACUGUGGUAUCAGAUGUAUAUGGUGCAUAUUUAGAAGAUCCUCCAUUAGAUAAUUUGUACAACUUAUUCACAUCUGGUAUUUGGAUUGGACUUUGGUUCUAUACUAGUUUAUUCUUAAUAUCUGUGUAUACUAUGAGAACGGUAUUCAAUAUUGUGCUCACCGAACCAAUGAAAUUUCCUAUAGAAUCAGAUUCAAGUCUAACAUUACAUAAUGCAUUAGCUCAAAGAUCACAAUUCAAUGGUUAUUUGGGAGCACAGGACUUGAGAAUCUUAGCCAUGACUGAUCCUGCUAGAAGACAUAAUAUUUUCACAUUGUCGCAACCUGGAGGUCAUCCAAGAAACUGGAAUAAUUUAUUAGAACAAUGCCUGAAUAUCAUAAAUGAUUUCAGCAAAGAAUUGGAUAAUAUUAAUGGAGAUGGAAAGAAAAUAGAAAUUAAUAAUUCUGAUCAAAAAAAGUUGAUGAAUAUAAGUCCUAAAAGUGGCUUGUAUUCAAGUAAAUUAAGGAAUUUGGCAGAGUCACCAAAGUUGAUUGAACUCAAAGAUUACAAUAGGAACAAAGUUGAAAACACAUUUGCAAACGCAGUGAAGGAAGAACUGAACAUAUUUGUGAACAAAUUAUGCCAAAAACCAGGUAUUCACUAUUUUUUUGGAGAGUUGACAGAUACAAAGCUGAAAUAUUUGUUGUUGCAUGCUCAGCCUGUAAUGUGGACUUGUGAAGGGUUGGCCUUCAUUGCAUCAGCUUCAUUGACAGAGGACAAAUAUGGAGUAGUCCAGAAUGACUUGCCUGCCAUCAUGUCUGCACUGGUGAAUCUCAAACAGAACUUGGACAAGCUGAGCAAACCGGGCCUGGUGCCCAGAAAGCAUAUUUUGCACGACUUGCUUGCAAUAAAAAUAAAGAGUGCCCUCGUAUCAGCAGUCAAAAGAAGUAUCUAUAAAAUAGUAAUAACUUUUUCAAAGUAUAUUCAUGAAAUACCUCUGGAUCCAGAUGUUCAAACUGCCAUUCAACCAUUUUUAAUGUGUAAAGAGGCUUAAAUUGUUAGUAAUUAUUUUAAAUACUUAGGGUAAUGUAAAUGUUAAUACUUAUUU